CCCGUUCUAGCUUCUAUAUCAAGCUGAUGCCAAGCCAUCGCCAAGGAUACACAACAGAGCUUGGUAUGUCUGGCAGCCGCGGAAUUGGGGCGGAGCCCAAAUGCUAAGACUGUAUAUGGCAUUGCUUGCGUUAUGCUAAUUGCGCGGGCUAUGAUACGCUUCGUUCAAUUCUCGUGAUAUCAGCGCCCAGUAAUCCUGACGCGUAUACCUCUCUCUCUGCUUUGGAAAUGACCAUCUACUAUAUAAACAAACACAUAUACGGCAUGAACCUCUCGGCACCUUCAGCAAUUUAUUCCCUUUAUCUAUAGCGAGCAUGUUGCAAUUCCAGAAUUCCGUGAGGACACGAUACCUCUCAUAUUCCUUUCUACUCUAUCUGGCCUCUGUUUCAGUCUUGCCAAAUCUUGCAUUGGCACAGGACACUAAUCUUGACUGGGUCAGCUUUGAUCGCAGUCAAUUCGACGGAAAUGCUGCACUCGAUACGGAAGGAAAUGUCCAAGUCUUCUGGAAGACCGGAGACAACUACUCGACAUACGGAGUUGCCUCUCGAUCCGAGGGUUAUCUCGCACUCGGAUUCAGCGAGACUGGCGCAAUGACUGGUGCUGAUAUUGCCGUUGGAUACAGAAACAGUGAUGGAGAGUUUGUGCUUGAGAACCGCCAUGCAACCGACUUUGUCACCCCGGAACUGUCUGAUGACCAAACCAACAACAUUCGGCUGAGAGAAGGGUCCCAAGAAAACGGAGUGACAGCGUUCGUGUUCGAGAAGAAGAACAGGGCAGAUUGUCUUGAGAACCAAGUCGAUGUCUCGACAGACUCCUGGCAGUGGUUCAUAUACGCCUUUUCCGACGAGAACACUUUUGCCCAGCACGGGCCUGGUCACAACGGAAAGAAAUACAUCAAGCUAGGCACCGGAACGACGAUUUCGGUCAACGAGAUCCGAGAUAUCGACGGUGCACAAAACUUCACCAUCGCCCAGCCUGAGAUGACCAUUCCUACCCAAGAGACCACCUAUUGCUACACCCUCCACAAGCUGCCCGAGGGCAACAAGAACUUCAUCCUCGGCGAGCGCCCUUCGUCUUCCAGCGACCUGCUCCACCACCUCGUCGUCUACGCAUGCUACGACCUCCCCGACUCGGCCAAAUCCAUGGUCGGCGAGGACCCCAACUGCGACUUCGAAAACUUCUCCAACCCAUGCACCGGCUUCGUCACCGAAUGGGCACCCGGCAUGACCGGCCGCACCUUCGAGCCCGGCUUCGGCAAGCCCUUUGGCUCCGACAGCUACGAAUACGUCAUGUUCGAGACGCACUACAACAACCCAGACGGCCUCGACGACGUCUCCGCCACAGCCGCCUACACAUUCCUCUACAACGACGACCAAGUCGACACCGAAAUCGGCACCCUCACCCUCGGCGACUACCAAGUCGAAGGCUGGACCCUCGAGCCCGGCCAACCCCUCGUCCCACACUCCACCGUCUGCACCCCCGAAUGCACCUCCCGCUGGCCCUCCGCCGGCAUCACCGCCGUCAGCGUCUUCUUCCACAUGCACCAGCGCGGCGUCAACCAACACGUGCAAAUCAUCCGCGACGGCGUCGAAAUCAGCCCCCUAGCCUCCAUCCGCAGCUUCGAGUACGGCUACCAGUUCUCCAAGAGCAUCGCAGAAGUCCAACUCCUGCCCGGCGACAAACUCAUCACCAUCUGCGAAUUCGACACUUCUGCCGACGAUACCCCGGUGCCGGGCGGGCUGGCGAGCAGGGACGAGAUGUGCUUUGCCUGGGUCGACUAUUAUCCUGCUAACGGCGUUAUUGUCUGCUCGCAGCUUGAUCUCGGCCAGGCGCCGGAUAAUCCGCUUAAUGGCACGGCGGCGCUGUGUCUGGAUGCGUAUAAUGAUAGUAUGCCUAUCUAUCCGUCGGACCAGAUCGACGCGUCGUUUACGCCGUUGGAGGAGAGGGGGAAUGCUUGUGAUGUGUCUGGGGAUGCCACUACAGAUGAAGCGCCGUCGAGUGCGGGACCGGCGGGAGCGAGUCCUACGACGGGCUCAGCCUCUUUAUCCAAGGGGUUGCCGGUGCUUUUCGGGGCUGUGGUUGUUGCGGCGACGGCAUUGCUUGUUACUUGUUAAUCCUAUUCAGAUAUUGCAUUGGAGAGCGCGCGCGAGAGAGAGAGACACUAUAGAUUCCAUGAAGUCCACCCUCAUCCCUUGUAUGUAUUCUUUUGAACCUGGAAUUUAUAUUUAAAUAUAUCAUAUGUACAUGGCUGGCAUGGACAAACAGUCCAAAACACGCUAU